UUUCAAUUCGUUCUCAAAUGUAAAUAAAUCAAAGGAAAAGACGAGACACUACAUACCCUGGUUCGAUUCCAGGCUGUAUCACAACCGGCCGUGAUUGGGAGUCCCAUAGGGCGGCGCACAAUUGGCCUAGCGUCCUCCGGGUUAGGCCGUCUUUGUAAAUAAUAAUUAGUUCUUAAUUUGUUGCCUAGUUAAAUAAACAUCGCUCUGGAUGGCAGUGUUGUACCUCUUUAUCCUCCACGGGCAUGGGUGGCGAUGUUUUCCCCCGAUUCGAGGAUGUAACGUUAAAUGUGUCGGGAACUCUCAGGAAAUGUUUUGUCUUCAUUUUAAAAUCUUAAUACAUUUGCCAUGUUACUUAAAAGCAAGUUAUUCCAAAUGUCAACAGCGAAGUAACAUCAUGUGUUGCACCAGCUUUCUAGACGAGCAAACAUGAAAUUAAACUACUGUGUACAGCUGGUUACUGUAACGGUAGCUAGCUACUAAGCUAACGUGAAGAGGUCUAACGUUAGUAGUUAGCUAGGCUAGCCACUUUGGACAUUCAUACAACGUGUGCCCAUCAGGUUCACGGGAGAUGAAGGUUAAAAUCAAGCAGUGGAACGGCGUGGCAUCCUGGCUGUGGAUGGCCAAUGAUGAGAACUGUGGGAUCUGCAGGAUGUCUUUUAAUGGCUGCUGCCCAGACUGUAAGGUUCCUGGAGAUGACUGCCCAUUGGUCUGGGGCCAGUGCUCCCACUGCUUCCACAUGCACUGCAUCCUCAAAUGGCUCAACUCCCAGCAGGUCCAGCAGCAGUGCCCCAUGUGUCGGCAGGAGUGGAAGUUCAAAGAAUGAGCUCAUCUGGAGAACAUCACUCGAAUGCCUUUCAAAUAGACUGAUGCGUCACAAUCAGAGGAUUCUAGUGUUUCGGAAUACACAUGUUUUUGUUGUACAUUUCCAGCUGCUUUUCUUUCUUCUCUGAGGCUGUCAUUGUUUGUAUUAUGUGGAGGGGUGGGUGAAUAAAUAUGUGAUUAGGAUUUAAUCUU